AUGAGUAGUAGGAGCAAUGGCAACGAGAGCAACGAGAGCAACGAGAGCAACGAGAGCAACGGCAGCAACGAGAGCAACGAGAGCAACGAGAGCAACGAGAGCAACGAGAGCAACGAGAGCAACGAGAGCAACGGCAGCAACGACAGCAACGACAGCAACAGGCAGCGCGCCGCUGCCGUCCUUUGCCUGCGUCAGCUCUACAACUAG